AAGGAGCUAAAGCAUGGAAGAAACAGAAGAGAUCUGUAUUGCAGAAGAGAAAGUAGUGGACAUUAGUCUCAAGGACCUUGCCAAGAAACUAGAGGAAUUUGCCAAGGCCAGAGAUUGGGAAAAGUACCACAGUCCAAGAAAUCUCCUUCUUGCAAUGGUUGGCGAAGUAGGAGAGCUAUCGGAAAUAUUCCAAUGGAAAGGAGAGGUGGACAAGGGGUUGCCAAACUGGGAGGAAUCUGACAAGGAGCAUCUAGCAGAAGAGCUGUCUGAUGUGCUGCUAUACCUCAUUAGAUUGUCUGAUAUUUGUGGCAUUGAUCUUGGUGAUGCUGCCACCAAAAAAAUUGUGAAGAACGCUAUCAAAUACCCACCCAAGGCCUGCUGAAACACUAGUUUAAUUUUAGUGUGCUGAUUUUUGUUUGGGUAGCAUGAAACAAUCAUUUUGAUGGAAUCCCUGUAGAGACUGCAUGAUAAGCUUAUCCUUCUUGUUUAUUGAGCUUUGCCCUUUUGGAGAUUA